AUCGGGCCUGAACCGACCCGUGAACGAGCCGGACACGGCGAGGACCCGUGAGACGGAGGACCAGACCGGCAAGUAAAACCAAAGCGGCGCACCGCGCACGCGACGCCUGAAGCGAGGAGAGGAGAGAGGGAGCCGGUGAAGCGCGCGGCGAGCGGAGGCAGAGGGAGGGGCGCCGCGUUCGCCCGGUGGGAGAAGCGAUGUCGUCCAUCGGCUCCUCCAACAUCGGCUUCCAGCUGCUGAAGAAGUCCGGGUGGAAGGAGGGCACCGGCCUCGGUGCGCAGGAGCAGGGGCGGUUGGAGCCAGUAGAGACUCGUGUCAAGAAUAACAAGCGUGGUUUAGGUUCCAAAGAACCAAAGCCCAAGGCUGAGGAUGAUGUUGAAACGGCUCCUAGUAAAAGGCCCAAGCAGAACCCGCCGUCAACGAAGAAGGCAAAGCUGGCCGCAAAGAGGAUACGAAAGAUGCAGGAAGAGGAGAAGAGAGCACAAGAGAAGGAAUUCGAAAUUGCUUUCUUCAGGGAAUUUUGGCCUGAUAACGUGUAAACCACAAACCUGGCGGCGUUGCAACUGUUGGCAUCGGCUGAUAAUGCCAUUGUAUAGCUUAUCGAUGCUUCUGCAACUUGCACCUACUGUUCACUGUUUCUAUCUUGUUCUGGCCCGAGUGUUACAUUGAUAGAGAUAUGUUGUAACAAAUGUUCUUUGAUUGAAGAAAAUGCGACUUGGGUUC